AAGGAGAAAAAAGAAAAUUAAAUCAAAAGAAGAAAAGCCGAUCGAUGAUUGUCGGUCCGUCAGCUGCUGGAGGCAUGUCCGACCUUGUGGCUCAUCAUCAUCACAUGUCCGGAUUUGCCGCCCAUCAUCACCAUCACCACAUGGGGCUCGGUGGUAUGAUGGCCGCCGGAAUGAUGCCGGGGAUGUCUUCGACGUCGGCGGGAAUGACAGUGCAACCGACCAGCCAAUCGCCACCCUCUUCCAACAACAACAACAACAACAACAACAACAAUUCGUCUUCUGUCGGUGGGACUUCUUCGUCUUUAAGUUCAGGCGGAAACGGCGGGUUGCCGUCGUUCGGCUUCACGCAGGAGCAGGUGGCGUGCGUGUGCGAGGUCCUCCAACAGAGCGGCAACAUUGAGCGGCUGGCCCGCUUCCUAUGGUCCCUGCCCGCUUGCGACCAGCUGCACAAGAACGAAAGCGUCCUCAAAGCCAAAGCCGUCGUCGCCUUCCAUCGCGCCAAUUUCAAAGAGCUCUACAAGUUACUAGAGACGCAUCCCUUCUCGCCGCACAAUCACCCCAAAUUGCAGGCUCUGUGGCUGAAGGCGCAUUACAUCGAAGCGGAGAAGCUGCGCGGACGACCUUUGGGCGCUGUGGGCAAGUACCGCGUCCGCCGCAAGUUCCCUCUGCCUCGCACCAUCUGGGACGGCGAGGAGACGAGCUACUGUUUCAAGGAGAAGUCGCGCUCGGUGCUGCGCGACUGGUACGGACACAACCCGUAUCCGUCGCCUAGGGAGAAGCGCGAACUGGCCGAAGCCACCGGACUCACCACCACCCAAGUGUCCAACUGGUUUAAAAACCGGCGGCAAAGAGACCGGGCAGCCGAGCACAAAGACAGAGUGUCGGGAGGAAGUUCGGCCAAGGACGGAGGAGACGGCGCCAACGACGCUUCGGCCCUGGACGAAUCCGGCUCCGAGUCGCUGGACGGCGACGGUCCUGAUGUUGCCAUGGCGACGUCCUCGGCGUCGGCGCGCCACUCGGCCGCCCUGCUAGACACGCCCUCACCGCCGCCCCCUCAUCACAUCCAGCACCAUCACCACCAUCAUCACCACCACCAGCAGCAACAGCAACAACAGCAAAUCAACAACAUGGCCGCCGCAUUGGCCAACUCCCUGCCUCAUCACAACAGUCAGGACUCGUUGAUUGGCGGAGGGUCGAUCGGCGAUUUGUAUCCCGAUCUGAAAUUGGCGUCCGUGUACCACGCGACGAGCCACCAGUUGCAGAUGGCCUCGGCGGCGGCUGCGGCGGCGGCGGCAGCAGCGGCAGCCGCGGCUUUCGGCUCGCCUCAUCACGCUCACCAUCCGACGCACGCCGAUCUGGCUCACUCGCUGCUUCAGCCGACGCCGUCUCAAUCACACGAUUACAAUCCGCACGUCAGUUCGUGACGAUCACAAUUUUAAAAAUUAUUUUUUUUUAAAUUUUUGUUUAACAAAAAUAAAUGUUUGAAUUUUAUAUAUUUUCUUUUGGUUUGGCCUCUAGUUAUUAAAUUCAUAUUCCCUUUUUUUUUUUUUAAUUCCAAUUUCGGUCGAGGUUUAAUCAAAUCGACAAAUGUCCUUUUCCUCCCUUUUUUUUUUCCUUUAAAAGAUUGAAUUGUUUUUUUUGAAUCGCCAUUAGACUU